AUGACCGUUUCCAUCUCACCCGCACAACCCAAAGACGCAGCCCACAUCGCCGCCCUCCAUGUCCAAGCCUUCAGUUCAAACGUCCUCAUGCGAGCCAUCUACCCCACCCCUGCUAUCUGGACAGCAUUCCAGAGCAGUGUAGAAGACAAGUUCAUGGCUGACAUGCACGAUCCCAAUAUCACGGUACUGGCCGCCCGGUACAUUGACAAGGCCGAUAUCAGAGAAGAAGGGCAAGGUAAGAUUGUAGGUUACGCAGUAUGGUACCAUCCUGUAGGAGCAGAAGAGAAAGGGUGGAAACCGCCGGCUUGGAAGUUGCCAGAGGGUACUGAUUGGAGUGUCUUGAGGCCUUGGUUAGCAGCUGCUGCGAAGGUUUCGCAUGAGGUUAUUGGAGAUACGCCACAUUAUGAUCUUACCUGGCUCGCUGUAUCAUCUGAUUAUGCUCGCCAGGGAAUAGGUACAUCGUUGCUGCGCUGGGGUCUUGACUUGUGCGAGAAAGAGAGUGUACCUGCGUGUUUGGAUAGUACCGUUGAGGCGAUGGAGACAUUUUAUCAGAAAGCUGGGUUCACAGAAAGGGGCAGAAUCAGGUUGGUUGUGAACGGAGAAAUGUACGAAGAAGUUGCUUGUGUUUAUGAGCCCAGACGACAGAUGAUGCCACAAUAG